AUGUCUACGGAAGGGGUUUUGUUUAUUCUCCCGAGUGGAGCGGCGGCCGAGCUCAAAGAUCUGAAGAGGAUUAUGGAAGAAACGAACCCGGAUGUGAAGGAAGUUUUGUGCGCCAUCGGCAGUUUCUGGGGCGGUGCCACUUCGGGGUCCGUGCAGCUUCUCGAAGAAUGCAUCCUCACCCGCCACAAGCUGGAAGUGGUGAUGGAUAAGCGCGCCCACCUUCUCUCGCUGUUCCGCAAAUACAAGGCUACGCCGCCCCAGGGCCUCGUCAGCUUGGAGGACCGGCUUGAAUGCGGCGGCGAAGACGUUGAAGAACUUGCCGCAGCCCUCAUGGCUGCGUCGACGCCAAGCUCGGGCGGUCGUUUGCAGAACACUGAGGGCAACUUGUUCACGGCAUCUGAUGUGGGCAAGUCCGCGGACACUGUGGUCAAGAGGAUGGAUGAGCUGCGCAAUCGCAUCGACGAGAUAAAAAACAAAGUCAGUCAAGUUUCUGGACAGAUUUUUGUCAAACUCGACAACUACCUCCGCAAGCUCCAGGAAAAGGUGUCUGCCAGUGAGACUACUAUUGCACACGCGGAGGCCCAGCUCACUCAUUCGGCUGAAAGUGUCGUCGAUCCUUUGUUCCUCUAUCCCUACAAACUCUCGGUGACUGCCCCUGAUUACUUUCUGUUGGGUCGUACCCCGAAGAAAGGAGGCGAAGAAGGUGACAAAUUGACCAAGCAGCCGCCGCAGGUGCCCGUCCUUCCCACGUCCUCCAUGGUGGCGCCCCCGAAGAAUGGGAACACCGACUCCACGCCGAUCCUCGGGGCGCCGACCCGGAACAGCAAGGAAGUCAAGAGAGAGCCGGGCAAGAAGUCCCACACCCGUUCCGCCAACGCUACCAGCCCGCCGGUGAAAAAGAGUCGCAAGACGGCUACUUCGGAAAAGAAGGGCGAGGAGUUGCGUACCGCCAGGCUUCAGGCGAGCGAAGCCUCCCCCAAGACCGCCCGGCAGCAUUCGCCUCGCACCGACAAGGGCAGCAGCGACAGUGAGAGCGACAAGGAAGAGGACAAAACCGCCGAUCAG